AUGGCUGGUCAAAGGUUGACAGAUAAUAACUUGGCGCUAGGGGCGGGAAGCGGGACCACCCCACUAUCGUCCCCGGCCGUUACCAGAUCUUUGGAUCCAGAGUUCGAAGCGGAAGGACCACCACCGGGGUUUGAUAAUAUCACCACCGUCUCUUCCCAGGCAGUGGUUACAAACCCUUUCCUCUAUAUACCCUCACAAACACCACCUGGAAGGAUGGAGGGGACAGGCAGUGGCGUCUCUACUCCAGGAGCUACUGUUUUCUCGCAGACUUCACGACUUUACUCCACUCCAGUCAUCACUUCGGCGAGCCCCAGUAUCUUGGUAUCUGGAACCAAUACUCCCCAAUACUACCAACCGUUGGUCUCCAGUCCAAUGCCACCGUUGUAUUCAGCCGCGCUAACGGCGGCGUUAUCCACCCCACCUCAUCAGCCUGUCAUCAUGCCAACGGGAGUAAUGAAUGCCCCUGUCACACCAGGAAACCAAAUGUAUUUCCCGGGAUAUUGCUAUACGCCCCCUUUUGGGUAUUUACCCUCGUACGGGGGAGCAGUUUAUCUACCCCAGGGAACAGCGCAGGGAAACUCUCAAUCGCCCUACGCGGCUUACAUGCCGCCGUGGUGGAACUUUCCAACGCCUCAGCCAACGUAUACCCAAGCGCCAACGGAGCCUGUGCACUACAGAGAAAAUGCGGUCAGACCCCGGUUGACUCCUUUAGAAAACUCCGGUCCAGGAACAGGUCCUGCCCCGGGGGUGAACAUUCCACCUACACAGCCAAUGAAUAUAGAAGAUGACGAGCUAACCAAGCCGUACAAGCCAGUGGAUGCAACAUUCCGAUCCAAAUUCACGCGUAGGAUCGCUGAAGCCCCUAUCAAAGAAAAACCGAAGAUGCCCCAAACCGUCGGUAAGUACGAUGGCCUCACUGACCCGGAUGAUCACCUUAAUUUAUUUAAGAGCGCGGGUGAAGUGGCUUGUUGGCCCAUGCCCCUAUGGUGCAAAAUGUUCGUACAAACUUUAGUGGGAGCAGCGCGAGUAUGGUGGGAUAGCCUACCCACGGGUGAGAUAGACAGUUUUGAAGAUUUGGAAUCAAAGUUCAUCCUACAGUUCAGUCAACAGCGACGACAUACAAAAGACAGGAACGAACUACUCCAUAUCCGUCGUCGAGACAAUGAGACGGUGGAAAAUUUCAUCAUCAGAUUCAACAAAGAAAGCCUGGCGAUACCAGGUGUCACCAACGAUUUGGCAUGCGGAGCUUUCCUCCAAGGGGUCAACGAUGAUGAGUUACUGAGAACAUUGCACGGAAGAGAUGGGGUACCCCCGACCAUAGACGAGAUACUCCGGAUCGCCAAAGUAUACGUUAUACAGGAGAAAGCGGUAGCGGCCAGCCACGCAGCCAACAGAAAGAAAGAAGCCCAGAAGAACCAGGAGGAAAAGGAUAGUCGGGGGUCCAAGAGUAAAAACAAGGGAGACCGAUACCAGCGAAAUGACAAAGACUCGCGGUAUGAUAGACACCGGAGCUCCUACUCAAGGAAUGAGACGUCUAAACCUCGAUCCGAGUAUCCCAAUUUGAGCAAGACCCCGGCAGAAAUUCUUGCCUCAGAAAAUCUCAGGCUCAAUCCACCAAAACCGUUAAAAGACAACCCGAACAAAGACACGAGCAAAUACUGCGAGUAUCACAAGGGGAGCGGGCACGACACUAACGACUGUUUCCAGCUUAAGAAACAGAUCGAAUAUUUCGUGAAGUCAGGAAAAUUGGCACAUCUAGUGCGAGACAUAAAGCAGGGCCCGCCCUUGGUUAAGGAAGAAAGCGAUAAGGCGGCAGGAAAAAGGCCGCGCGAGUUGAACAUGGUUCAUGCCGGUACAAGAAAAGGGGCGAAACGGAGUUUCUCCACACUCGAACCUUGGAUGUUGGCAACUAUGACAAUUGAACCACGAAUGGAAGAUUUGCAUCUUACCACGGACGCCCUGAUCAUUUCGGCGGCGGUAGAAGAUUACCGUAUGAGGCGAAUCCUGGUCGACACCGGAAGCUCGGAGGAUAUCAUCUAUGAGCAUUGUUUUGAUAGAAUGCAACCAGAGGAUAAAAAGCUGCUCGAAUCAGUACACGCUCCUAUUAAGGGUUUCACAGGAGAGAAGGUGGAUCCUAUCGGUCAAAUCACCUUCCCGGUAACUUUCGGGCAGGCACCCAAAGAAAGAACGAUACUACUUACCUUCCUCGUGGUCCGCGCCGAAUCGUACCACAACGUGAUCAUUGGAAGGUUCACCUUGGGAAAGUUAGAUGCCAUAGUCUCCACGGCGAGAGGCUUUAUGAAGUUUCCAACACCGCAGGGUAUCGCUACCGUAUUUCGCGAUAGAAUUGGAGAGAUAUUGGAUACCAAACGAUGUCGCCAAGGGCCCGCGGGGGCCACGGGACCAGAAAGGUGGGUACUGAGCACACGCCACCCGGACCAAAUGGUCACCAUCGGCGACACUCUGUCCCCAGAAGUAAAGAGCGAUUUGAAACAAUUGCUAAAAAGAAACGCAGACAUAUUCGCUUUCGAGCACGCCGAUAUGACCGGAGUCCCUCGCGAUAAAGCAGAACAUAAGCUCGCCACGCUCCCAGGCAUUAAGCCGGUCGCCCAGGGUAAACGCAGUAUGGCCCCGGAUCGCCGGGCAGCGGUCGUUAAGGAAGUACGCAAGUUAGUGGAAGCUGGAAUCCUCAGAGAAACACAGUACCAUACUUGGGUGUCUAACCCGGUCAUGGUUAAGAAACCAGACGGCACAUGGCGGAUGUGCAUCGACUUCAAAGAUUUGAACAAAGCGUGUCCAAAAGACGCAUACCCGUUGCCCGAAAUCGACUUAAAGGUUGACUCUCUGGUGCCGUAUCGAUACAAGUGUUUUUUGGACGCGUAUAAGGGAUACCACCAGAUCAAAAUGUCCAAAGAAGACGAAGAGAAAACAGCUUUCCACACCGACGUUGGCAUCUUUUGUUACACCAAAAUGCCAUUUGGGCUACGGAAUGCAGGAGCCACCUACCAGAGGCUCAUGGACAAAGUGUUCGAAACACAGAUCGGGCGAAAUCUGGAAGUCUAUGUAGACGACUUGGUAAUAAAGAGCAGCGAAGAAAAGCAAAUGCUGGCAGAUAUAGAGGAAACUUUCCAGCGGCUCAGAGAGUACAACAUAAAGUUAAACCCAAAGAAGUGUUCUUUUGGGGUGGAAGAGGGAAAAUUUCUGGGGGUAGUAGUUACCCGCGAUGGCUUUAAAGCUAACCCAGAAAAGAUAACCGCCAUAUCGCGAAUGCCUUCCCCCCGAACGCUGAAGGAAGCUCAAGCCCUCAACGGACGACUGGUAGCAAUCAACAGGUUCCUAGCAAGACACGCUGAAAAAUCAUUGCCGUUCAUAAAAACGCUAAAAGAUUGUCUAGACAAAAAGAAUUUCAAAUGGACCGGCGAAGCGGAACAAGCUCUGCAGGAAAUGAAGCGUUUCAUAGAAAGGCUCCCCACGCUAACCGCGCCUAGACACGGUGAAGUGCUAAAAAUGUAUCUUGCGGCGGCCCACACAGCAGUAAGUGUUGUGCUCAUGGUUGAACGGGAAGGAAAACAAACGCCAAUAUACUAUAUAAGCCGGGUCUUAGCAGGACCUGAAACGCGCUACCCUACGUUGGAAAAGCUGGUCUUAGCAUUGGUGCACGCGACGAGGCGAUUAAGAAGGUACUUCCAGGCACAUCGUAUACAGAUCUUAACUAACUAUCCGCUACAGCAGAUCCUGCACAAACCGGAGGUCUCGGGCAGAUUGGCCAAGUGGGCUAUCGAGCUGGGGGCCCUAGAUAUCGAAUACCAGAAAUGA